CAGUAAGAAGAGGCUACUGUCUCUACCUAAAUCAGUACAAAAUGUGCACAAAGAGUAUCAUUGUAAUUGUAAUGUUAUUCACUUUCAUGAGUUGUAUAUACUGUCAAUACCUAGAUAGUGCUGAGACAUGUGACAGUAUUCUGUAUGGCUGUGACAGUGAAAGACAGUGUGUUACAGAUAUUACUGAGGAUGAUUGUCCAGCUGAUACCAUCUACUAUCCAACAGCCUCUUUGUGUGGUUGCUGUCCUGGUUGCAUUAAUGCAAUUGAAGGAAAAGAAUGUGAUAAAGAUGCAGCUGCAGAUACCAUGCAGUGUGCUCCUGGAUACAGUUGUACUACAAAAGGCUGUACCAAAGAUAGCAAAUCAUGUCCACAAUAUGGAUAUAACAAGGAUAUUACAUGGCAUCCAAGCUGUGAUGCGGAUGGAAAAUUUUCUGCUGUUCAAUGUAAGGGAGAGAGAGCUACAGGAAAGUGUUUCUGCUACAGUGAAGAUGGUGAAAGAAUAUUUGGUGAGGAAUGGUGGAAAGAUGCACAGAAUAUGACUUGUGCAUGCAGUAGGAAGGUAACCCAGCUCCAGCAACAAGGACGGACAAAUAUAACCCUUCACUGCAGUGAUGAUGGUAACUUUGAGGUUCUUCAGUGUGAUUCAGAGAUCUGUUGGUGUGCUGAUGAGAAAACUGGGAACCCAGUUUCAGUUUUUGUUCCAGAAACCAUGAUGACCACUCUCCCCUGCUAUGAUGCAGCAAAAGUUGGAACUCAGUAUUUGAGACAGUGUGAAAGUAUGGAAUAUGCUCAGAAUGUGAUACGUGAGAAACUUGAAAUCCAUGGAACAAUUUACGCAGAAAUGCCAUACGUGAACUGUGACCGUGAUGGCAGCUAUGGACGUAUUCAACAGCAAAGUUCUCAGGUCUUCUGUGCCUGGAAAGAUAAGACUACAAUUGAAAGCUAUUUUGCAGAGAUGACACAGAAGAGUACCAUGGACUGCAGAUGUGCCCGUGACACAAAAUACUAUGCAGCUGCUGGAUUUACUCCUGUGAUAACUUGUUCAGGAAAUGGGAACUAUCCCACUUUAUGGCAGACAGAGGAUGUACAGUACUGUCUUGAUAGUGAUGGUUUUGCCAUUUCACCAACAUUUGAUUUAAAUACAAAACUUGAUUGUACUGCAUACACAGUCUGA